AUGGCUGCCAACUCUUGCGCCACGAAAGUGCAAACACGAGGGUUUUUGCCAGCCAUAUCCUAUGCUUCACUAAACAAUUUGACGUUUCUCAAUAACAUAAGAAAAAGGAAGAGAGGCAAAGGAAAGUUUUACGAAGUUGAAAGAGUGAUUGAAAAACGAAAGCGGCAACACACGGUAAGUGGUAAUUUCUGUCAUUCUCUGCACCAUUUGCAGCCUUUCUGCCUUUGAAGGAUGUUAAAUUUAUGCUAGUUUCUGGUAUUGUAAACAAAUAUUUACAUCUUAGGAAGAAUUUCUAAUCAGGUGGGUUGGCUAUCCUUUGUGGCAAUCGUCUUGGAAGCAUGACUUCAAUCUUAAUGAUUAUACUUUAAGGUAUUUUAUCAAUAUUUAUAAAGUACUUAGUCUUAUUAUUCAAUAGAUAUACACUUAGGGUCCGAUUACAUGGAGCAUUUUCAACCCCGGGGUUGAACUCAGCCUUGCUUACUGGGUUGAAAUUUCAGCCCUGUCUCUAAUACAAAACUCUAUCAAAAUCAAAUACGCGAUUACAUGACAAAAUUUUCAACCCAAGGCUGAGUUCAACCCCGGGGUUGAACUCAGCCCUGGGUUGAAAAUUUGUCAUGUAAUCGUUUCAACCCAGGACUGAAAUUAUCAUGAGUUAUUCGAGCAUGCGUGGUAGUGACUAUUUAUUACAAGAAAACAAAAUAGAGGCUUAUUUACUUCCGCGAAUCGAUGCCGAGAACGUAUAGUAUAACGUUUUAACCCAGAGUUGAAAUCGUCCAUGUAAUCGCAAAAAAUUUCAACCCGGCUAACAGGGAUGAGUUCAACCACGGGGUUGAAAGUGCUCCAUGUAAUCGGCCCCUUACACAAGUCUGAAUCAGGGCUUAAUUUCAUCAUGAAAACCUAAGACAAAUUCAAUACAUUUUUGCAACUAGAAGUUAUGAAGAUCCCCAACCUCCAAUGGAAAGAGUUGAACGCUGUUGUCACUCAUUCUUAUUAAAUGUGCAGAGUGGUGUGAAGUCAUCGGGAGUGGAUGCCCAUGUUCAAGUCCCAUUCGAUCUAGAUGUGUGGCGAUACCUUUUUAAAGGCAAAGGUACAGCAAAUGGAAGAUGGCUCCUAUUUGAAAGAGAGGAUUUUGAAAGAUUUAAUGGCUUACCUAACCACUGGUACUAUUGUUUGAACCAACAUGGAGAAGGAAAGGCGAUUGGCUUUCCAAUCAAAUUGAAGCCGUAUUUAACAAAAGCAGCUACAAAAGACUAUUUGUCUGGAGAAAAUGGUAGUGUCGUGAAGGCACAAACCAUUAUUGUGAAAAACUUUCAGUAUACUUUGUAA